AUGAACAAGCUGUUAUCUGCAAAGAUACUACUUCCAUAUGACUAUUACUACUUGAAAUACUGCAGGCCGCCGACAAUCAGAGAUGCUGCUCAAAACUUUGGACAAGUUCUUCGUGGUGACCGCACUUCUGUUUAUACAGUUACUAUCUAUCACUACUUCCUUUCCUUAUUUUCUCUUUUUAUUGCAUUGUUGUCAAUAUUUUCUGAAUGGAGCUUGGGAUGUUAUAAGUUCCACAUGAGAGAGGAGCAAUCCUGCACAGUGACUAGCAGAAUUGUCCUAAGUGCUCAAGAUGCGAAGGAUUUUAAGGAAAAAAUUGAUGACGAGAUUCUAGGCGAUCUUCCUGUUGUUGUACGUAAGCAAAAUCUAGAUGGAAGUCCAUCAACUAUCUACCAGCAGGGUUUUGAAGUUGGAUUCAAGGCAUUCUACGAAGGGACUGGUGAAGUGUAUUCAUAUUAUAUCACUAAUCACUUAAGCUUCAAAGUGAUGUACCAUAGAGAUGAAGAAGCUAAUUCUGCUAGAAUUGUGGGGUUUGAAGUUACUCCUAACAGCAUUAAGCACGAGGUCCAGUGGGAUUAUACUAAUAGAUUGAACGUGUCGACAUGCAACAACAGCACCAGAUACAUGUUUGAAGAGGGUGGUGUUUUUCUUCAGGAAGUUUACGCAGGCGCAGAUAUCGUAUUUUCAUAUGAUGUUGUCAACAAGAAGAGUGAGAGUGAGUGGGCAUCAAGGUGGGAUGUCUACCUCUGGAUCAAUGAUGGACAAAUCCACUGGUUCCCAAUUGCCAACUCAUUGUUGAUCAUGCUCUUCCUUGGUGGCACAGUGGCAACGAUCAUGAUACGGACUCUGCGCAAGGGCAUUGCUGAUAAAAAUGGCCAAAAAACAGAAUUUGCAGCAAGAUGUAAAAGAAGACAUUGCAACUUGAGGAAGAAAAGAGUUUUUGCAUUAAGCUUUCAUUGA